GUCACCUGUAAACAAUAUGGACUCCAUUGGAUAUGGAGGAAGAAAACUUUUCUCGACUACGAAAUAAUGUUACUGGAGUUGCCAUAAAUGUUUAUUUUGGAAAAUCUUAUGAUCGAAUACCUAGGUGAAUUGUAUUGGAGAGCAAAUUAAUGAUGGGCAUCCAGGACCUGACAGCUCUAUUCAACAACUUGGACACAGCUUGCAAAGGUUUUGUAACAAAUGAGCAGAUUGUGGGAUUUUACCAGUCAAUUUACUUAACUCCUCUUGCCAUAGAACAUGUUGAUGGGGCCAUACAGGCAGUGUGUGGAACUCUGGGUACUGUGACCAGAUCCCACUUCAUUGAUGUUUUAGAAGAACUAGAGCGGCGGCGGUCAAUAGAUGAGCAAUCAUACUGGGACUUUCAGGCCCUGGAUUACAACGGCACAAACAGGAUCUGUCUGAAGGAUGCUUUCCUAUUGUUCAGAGAAUUUCACCAAGAAAGGUUUUCCAUGUUUACUUGGCAAAAAUUUCUGGAAUCAAGAGCCUUUCCUGGUGCUGAUGUUUACUUUGAUGAGAUCCGGUUCUGGUUGUGUGGUUAUCCCCAGGGUGAGCCUGCUAGUCUGGAACAAAUAACCAAGGAAGAGGCUCGUCUGGAGCGGAUCCAGGGACAGCACGGUCUGGAAGGCUACAACGCCUACAAAGUACUGCAGGAUGAUGGAAAUGAGACCCAGGAGUAUCAGGAUGAGAUGCAACAUCACAUCAAACGGAGGAUGAAUAAGUGGAAGAAACAGGGACUGGAAGCCAUGUUGUUUGAUGAUGGAAUGGAGGUGGAAGAUCUUGAAUCCCUGGAUGCCUCAAAAGAUCAUGUGACCCUUAGUGAUUUGAUGGAUGCUUUGGAAACUAAAUAUGAUUUAUUGAGGGAAAAAUUACUGCUAGAGAUGGCUAACCUUUCCUCAGCCGUAGAAGGGGAUCAAUCAGAAAUCUUUCGUGAGCUUUGUAAGAAAGAAAGACAACUCCGUCGGACUGGGACUCUUGGAACAGAAGUGAACAGUCUGUCGGGGGCCAGGAUGUCGUUGCCCUACUCUCUGCUUGGAAUGAUGGGAAAUGUCAGAACCAAGGACAGGAAACAGAAGGAGGAAGCAGAAAAAAGAAUCAAGGACUUGGAAAUGCAAGGUCACUUUAAGGAUGAGAUUGGAAAAAUCAUCAUGGCUGAAUAUAGAGAAGCUUUAGAUGAUGACUCUACAUGUGGAGGUGCAUUACUGGCAAUCAAUUCUCGGUAUCAAGAGGAGAAAGAAGCUAUCUUAUCUGUUAUCAAAAACAAAGGAGGACAGACAGGAACCAUCACCAUGGAAACCAGUAGACUGUCACGGCAACACCUUCUGAUAACAGAAGAGGCUGACUUCCAUCCCUGUGCACUUGCUGUGGGACUGGCUGAAAGACCUCAGGGUUACAAAACAAGCAGGCUAACGGACUGGGACAGGGUUCGCUGUGAGAGUCUGGCCAAGCUGAGACUGCUCGCCAAGAAGGGAAGAAAGCAGAUCAAGUCUCCCCAUAUGUAUGCAGAUACUGACCAAAUGGAAGAGAUGGGAGUGGUGGAUCUACAGAAAAAGCUGGUGGUGGAGCUUGUGGAAAAACACAAAUAUGAAAGAGAAGCGGCUAUCUACAUGCUACAAGGAAGGGACAGUGAGAAUAGUAAAGUGGUGGCCAAGUCCAUGACUCAGGGAGAGAGGAACAAACUGUUGAAGACACUGCGUAACAGACACACCAACUGGAAAAAUAGCAGGUCGGAGGAUAGCCAGGUCCUGUACACUAUUCUGCAGGAAGGCAUGGGUCUGUACUAUGAAAACCGGAAAGUAGAUCUACAGGAGAGCCAGAGCAAGGUCUCGGAGGAUGACACCAAUGAAGCCGUCCUAGCGGACCUCCAGCAGAGGCAGGAGGGAGAGUUCCAGCUUGUUGUAGAGGACAUUGCUCUCAAGUCAAAGGAAGGUCUGAUGAAGCUGAUCUGUAUCAAUAACAAGCAGCGGGUGGAGGAGCACCUGGACAAUGUGGCCUUUGUUGUGCUGGGGACGGUGGAGCUCAGUGAGGGGGACAGGGAGUUUGUGAAGGCCCUGGAGGAGAAGUACGACGCCCUCAGGGACCGAGUCCUGUACAUGGGCCUCAAGGACGACAUGAAGGGAGAAUGGAAACGAAUGACAGAGAAAGAGAAGAGGAAGGAAUUGAAGGACAGAAGAAAGCAGGAAAAGAAAUUGAGAGGAGCAGGGAAUGUAGAGGAGAUGGGGGACCUCAUAGGACUAAAGCAUAAGGCCAAGAUGUUACCCACGCUGAGGAAGCUGAUGGGUGAGGAACGUGGAGAAUUUGAAGCUCGGUUCACCAAACAGAAGACCUCAGGCCAAAUUCUAGAUGAGAGCAGUAAGGGGAGCUAUGAGCCGGUCAAUGUCCUGGCUGAUCUUAUUCCACGCUAUGACGAGGAGCUGGAUGUACUUGUUAUGUGGCUAAACAAACCAGAGACCAAAUCACUAUCCAUCAAACAGCAGAGAAUCAAAAUCCUACAGCUUAAGCUGGAGGCCUUGGCAGCGGAGAUGGAGGAAGAUUUUGAGGUGGCAGCCAUGUUUGUUGGGCUGUUGGAGAGGGUUUUAUCAAGUCCUUUAGGAAGACAUGCCACAGACAAUGUGAGACAGAGAGACCUGGCCAAGAGACGGACUCAGCUCAGAAGUCAGCGCUUGCAGCAGAAUCAGGAGUAUGAGAAGCAGAUGAUUACAGCUCCAGACCCUACCCAUGGAGACACGACGGGCUGGCAGCUGUGUUACCUGCGGGAGGUACUGUCGCGUCAGGAGGGGGAGAGGGAGCACCUGUUACAGUUCCUACAGGAUGAUAGCAUGGACGACCUUAGGGAGGCGGCGGCCAUGAUGGCCGAACCAGAAACCAAGGCCCGCCUCGCCGAGCUCCACACCAAACGCAGGAGGCUGGAUCUAUCCAACCAAGAUGAUCAAGAGGAAUACACCUCCAUUUUGGAGGAGGCUGUGGCCAUUAGAUAUGUUUGUAAGAAGCAACAAAUUCAAAAAGAGACCAGACGAGAGCCAACUAAAGACGACGUCACCGUUAGCAUACUCAAAGAUCUGCAGGAGGAACAAGACAAUGAGAUCGCAGCCAUACUGGAAAACCUACUCAACCUGAGUGAGGAAGAUUUGAGGGACCUGAGGACGGAGGAGAGGGAGAAGCGAGAGAAUAGGGCGGUCCCUAACGUGCUGAUUGUGCUGACUCAGAGUGAGAGUAAGACUCACCAACAGGAGCUGCUCACGGCACUUCAACACAAAUAUGAGAGUGUGCAGGCAGCUCUACUGACGGAAACUCUGAUUCAUAAACAUGGUGAGGCCGCCUGGAACAAGAUGGCAGACAAGGAGAAACAGCAGCAGUUACGGGCCCUGACACAGGAGGUGGAGCUCCUCCGGCGAGAGGGUAAUAAUGUUGGCUUGAUUGAGGUCUUGGAAGGUUUCCAUUUGGACAAGACAUUUUCCAGCAUUAUGGGUGUUCAUCGAUUUCUUUUCCUAGAACUUGUCAGGGACACAGAGGAGGACUGGAUCCCUGAACCCACAGAGGAGGAGCAGAUCAUGAAGAACCCACUGCUCAAUCUGUGGCUCAGGUUCGAAUCGGAGAAAAAGAGUAUCCUCCAGAAACUGAAAGGACUAAAUGAGGAGUACAUGGGUGAGCAGGAUCAGCUGAUUUGUAUCGUACGUCUAACCAGGGAGACCCUACUCAGCCAAAACAGUGGCAGGUUUCUUGUCUCGGCAACUGUAGUAGGACUAGCCGAGAGACAAAUGGAGGAGGGAAAACCCAGGAUGACUGGUGACAAGGCACGCUAUGAAAGAGUCGCUAGACACAAAAUGUCAUCUACAGCUAAAAAGACCAGCUACAGAGACCAAGUCAGCAGAGAGCCUGGUCUACUGGCACAGAUGAAUGCUGUAAUGGAACUGCUGGAGUUCAAGCAUCUUAGUGAGCAAGACCAAUUCAAGCUUCUUGUUGAGAUGUCAGCGGAUAACAAGAUGCAACAAGAAGUGAUGAUGAUGUCACAGCAGCAGAGGAAGGACCAACUGUCUCGACUCCUGUCCAAGCGAGAGUCCAUAGCAAAAGAAAAACAAAAGGAACAUGACAUAAUUCUACAGGAGGGAUUUGUCAUAAAGCGAGAGCUUUGUCGCCAAAGGAUGAGCAGUGACCAGAAAGCAGAGGCCACAGACAAGGAAAUCCAUGAAGUCAUGAUGGCAGAACUCAUUCUGGCACAGAACAGGGAAGCCGAGAGACUGCUACAGAAGUUAAUGCCAAAGGAUGCUGAAGAAUUGCAGAAGAUGCAGAUAGUUCAAAUCAACGACCGCAAGCUGAAUAGCAGAGACAAUCUGGCACAUGUGGUUCUCUCCCCCGAGAUGUGUCUAGAUGUGAGCACGGAUACAGAGGCUGACCUGAUGGAGGCUCUAGAGGGGAAGUAUGACGCUCUGAGGGAUAAACUCCUGGCAGAGGCCCUCAUAAAGCAGCUUGGAGAAUCAGAAUGGCAGAGAAUGUCGGAACUGGAGAGACAAAAGAAAAUGAUGGAACUGAAACUCAAAGAGAGGCAGCUGAGAAGGGAGGGAAAGUUUGAUGAAAUCUCUCAAAUCCUAGGGGAUGCUCUGGACAAUCAAGAGACUUUAAAGAGACUUAUGGGAGAAAACAAAGAAGAACAACAGAGAAAGCUCAGAGAGAGGCUGGAGAGAAAGAAGAAGAGACUGGCUCAAGGAAUGUCUGAGGCUGAGUGUAAUAAGCUGGAGAGACAGGAGAUAGAGGAAGAGGAGGAGGAAGAGAGGAAGGGCAGGAAGAACAUCCUGCUGGAGCUGGAGCACCACUUUGAGAAGGAAAAGGCAGAGUUGCUGAGACAGAUUGGAGAAGGAGAUGACAGACUGAGCAAAGAAAAGGCUCGGCAACUACAGCUGAUGAAACUCAAGCGAGCAGAGCGCAGGGCUCGCAAUGAAGACAAGUUUGAUUCAGCUGCUCUAGUGUUAGGUCUGGCUGAGGAGCACAAAAAAAAACAACAGGAGGUGACUGAUGAGGAGAGACAAAGGCAGGAGAGACUGGCCAGGGAGAGAAUCGAAGCGACCCGGCGCAGACGGAGGGAGGGAAAGACAACUCCAGAGGAAGCCAUCAACCAUGAGACAGAUGAUAGGAUGGAGCUUCAGGAGUCACUCAACAUGGCCAUAGACAGAAGACACAGACACGAGAGAGAUCUCCUCAUACAGCUGCUAGACGAAGCCUCCACGAGUGACAUCAAACAGGCAGCCGCAACAAUGACAGAGGAACAGAGACAGGACAAGCUGUACGAGCUAAGAGAACUCCGUAAACACUGGAGACAGGCAGGGAGCCGGGAGCAGACACAGCUGACCAACAUCCUUAAGGAGGCAGCUUGUUAUCUAAUUCAAUCAAAUUUACAAAAAUACCAAGAAGAAGGACAAACAAAAACUGAAGAAGAGGUCAAAGUUCACAUUCUGUCUAACCUCCAGCUGUGGCAGGAUGCUGAGGCAUCAAUGAUACUGUCUGAUCUAGACAACAAGGAUAUAGGAACACUACAGCAAAUGGUGAAAAUGCAAUCCAUGGUAGAAGAUGAAGGAUUCCAUGACAACGUGUCACAUGUUCUAUUAGACCAAUCAAAAAGGGACAAUAUGGAGGAGGGAGAGGAGGAACUGAUUCAGGCACUUGAAGAUAAAUAUGAUGCCCUUAAGGACAAACUGAUAGAAGCAGCAUUAAAAGAGGAGAUGGGAGAAGAUGAAUGGAACAAACUCUCAGAUGCUGAGAAACAACAAAAGAUUGUGGAAUUAAAAAUGAAGGAGAGAAAACUUAGACAGGAAGGGAAUGUAGAGGAGGCUGCCGCUAUAUUUGAGAAAGUUUUGGAAAAUGAUGAAUUGUUGGACCAAAUUCUUGGUCCUGAGGACAAGAAGGAUGCAGACAAGAGGAGAGAGGAGCUGAUCAGAGAGAGGGAGGAGCAGGGGCUGCCCACCGAUGAGGAGACAGUCAACAGGCUCCUCGAGGAGCAGAGGAAGGCCCAGGGUAAACAGAGGAGGAUUAAUGUGUUGGAGAACCUUAACCUUAUGUUGGAAGAUGAAAAAGCUAAACUCCUGAAGGCUCUUAAAAACCAGCACAACAGAAUAGACCAGGAGAGGGAACGUCAGCUAGCCAUAGCCCGCCUACAGCACGAGCGACGCAAACUCGCCCGAGAGGAAAAGUUUGAGUCUGCUGCAAUCAUAGUCAGUCAAGCCAGAGAAAAUGAAGAAAAUGUCAAACGAACUAUUAAGGAAGAGAGAGAGAGAAUGAAGGCUUUGGCCAAAGAGAGGCUUGAAGCAAGAAAGAGGAAGUUACAGCAGAAAAAAGAGGAAGUCAGUGAGGAGGUGAGGUUGAGGAGCGAGGAUGACCUGGAACAGCUGGAGGACAUGGCACAGACACAGGAUUUGUCCUCAGUUCAAACUGCCAUUUUGGAAGCACUUGAUCAGCGUCAGACAGAAGAGAGGAAUGUAUUGAUGGACAUCAUACAGACGGCCAGGAAUAGUGCCGCCAUUAUUAGGGAGGCAAAGCAAAUGACAGCUCAGGAUUUGAAAACUCAGUUACUUAAACUGGAGAAAGAUGAAAGAACAUGGAAGCAGGUCUCCAUGCAGGCUGCUCUCCAUACUGAUGAAGGGAACUUGUCAAAGUCAGAGAAAGAUGUGAUGUUUAAAGAAGUAGCACAACGACGCAGUGAGCAUCAGGCCAUCCUGACGGAGGCCAUGGUGUACAAACUUCAGUUGGAGGAACAGUCACACAGGGCUCAAAACCCAAAAAUGUCUGAUGAAGAAAGUUUGGAGGAUCUAAGUGUGGUGUUGUUGGCAGACCUUCAAGAAAAGCAAGCAACUGAAAGUGCCACAGUUCAAAAUCUGAUGCAGGAUAUGGAAGAGACGGAGUUGCAGGAAGUGAAACGUGUCCAGCGUAUUGCGAAGCGUGAGGGCUGGUUUGAUGCCCUGACUGGGAUGUUGUUCCAGUUAUCCGGAUCGGAUCCCAUGGGAGAGGAGGCGGGACUGGAGAUUCUGGACAAGACAAUGGCUAACAUGGAGGAAGAUUGGAAGAAGGAAAAGGCCAUGCUGAUUGCUGAAGCUAAAUCAGAGAACGCUUCGGAGGAGGAAUUACAGUCGGCCCUGAAACAAUUGGAGCAUGAACAGGAACUCAAGAGGAAGGCAAUGGCAGCUGAUCUAGAACAACAGAGGAAGAAAAUGAUGGAAAAAUUGUCGGCUCGUAGACGUCAGAUGGAGGAGAAAGAGAGCGAGGAGAUCAGGGCGGCCCAGCUUGUUCUGAUCUCUGAGAGUCGACAGAAAAAACAGAAAGAAUCGCAGGAAAAGGAACGAAGUCAUCAAAGCUCAGAGCUUCAGAAGAGAUUGGAAGCCAGAAGACAAGCGCGGAAGAGAACCAGCCAAGAUGAGGAAGAGGAUGAAGGGGUCAAGAGGUCACUGACAGAUGAGGAGAGGUUCUCCAGACCUAGUACCAAGGAUAGUAAUCCAUUUGCGUCAAUGAAGCGUGAGAAGACGGCCCUAGAUGUGACGGUGUCUGACAAGGAGAAGCAGGACACGUACACCAAACUGAUGAGAGAGCAGACGGCCGUCCUACAGCACAAACAGGAGAGUCAGCGCAAGCAGGAGGAAAUGCUCAAAAGGAGGCUUGCAGAGAGACAGAGCAAGAAACAGGCGGAGGUUCAGAGCCUGCUGAGCCUGGGUGAACGACAGAAGACAAACCUUCUGGCAGCAAAACAGGAUGAGAAGGAGAAGCAGUUAGAGAGGAUGAAGGAGCGAAUCAAGAGAGAGCGAUCUAAGAGCCCCGGCAAGAGGAAGCAGGACGCCAUAGAGGAGGAGGAUGAAGAAGAGCCGGAGCUAAAACCAUCCAUAAAGAAGUAGCGAUGUCAUUGGUUAAUUCUGAAUCCAUGGCUGUGCAGUCUAAAGAAUAAUUUACUUGGAUGAACACUGGACACCGUUUUACAUGUGUUUGAUAGUUGAUGUACAUGAAUAAUGAUGACUUAGAAAUCCAGUCCUUCCUACUUUGAACCUAUAAUUUGUAUACAGACAUAGUUAUAAUGUUGGUCUAUAUUUUAUUCAUAUUCAUUGAUUUUUAGAUAAUUAUUUAGAUAAUAAUGUACAAUGUUUCCGUCCAUAUAUAAUGUGAUAUACUAUACAAUGUAAAAUACUAAUGUGCAAUGAAAUUUUUUAUACAGUUAUGCCCCCUGCUGGCCAGGGGUUAUGUAUAUUAAUUAUUAAUUAAUAACACAAAUCAAUUAAUCUUGUCAAUGAUUACCAUUUAUUUGAAAUACAUUAAAAACAUUAAUCGAA